UGGCGAUGGCCAAAACCAUUCUGGCCAUCGUGGCCAUUAUCUCUCUGCUCGUGCCGCCCGCAGCGGCGACGGACCAUGACUCCUACAACGCCGCGCCCGCCCCCGUGCCCUCCUCCAAGUUUCCCACCGCUGCAGCUGCACCGGUACUCCCAGUCGGAGGCGCUGCGCCAUCGAAAUCUAAGACGGAAUAUGAUGCAGCCGAUGAAGACAAGAAGAAGAGCAUUCUGCCCAUUGUUCUCGUUGUCGCCAUCGCUAGCUUAAGUAUGGCUUCCCUUAGUGGCGAUUCUCCUGUACGAGCGAUGGCGUGGAAGGGACCGUCAUCAACACCGAGGGCAGGCAGCGAGGAAGAUCACGGUAGUGAGGUUUCACAGCGACGACGAGCCUGGAGAUGACUGCUCCAUCUGCCUGGACCCGUACGCUGACCGUGAUAGAGUAGGCCUCCUUCCCUGCAGCCACAGAUUUCACGCCGUCUGCAUCCGCAAAUGGAUCGAAGGCGGCGUGAGCUCUACGUGUCCAACCUGCAGGGAGGUGGUCUGAACUCUGAACUGAUGAGCUCGUGCCCAACAGAAGAACACGCCGCGGUGCGCGCCUCCGCCAUGGCCGCAAGGUUUUCAUUAUUGGCAUACGAAAAAAA